AUGGUGGUAAAAACCUUCAUGGAUAUGGACCAGGACUCGGAGGAUGAGAAGCAGCAGUAUCUCCCAUUAGCCUUGCACCUUGCAUCUGAAUUCUUCCUCAGGAAUCCCAAUAAAGAUGUGCGCCUCCUCGUAGCAUGUUGCUUGGCUGAUAUCUUUCGUAUCUAUGCUCCUGAAGCUCCAUAUACUUCCCAUGACAAACUUAAGGACAUAUUCUUGUUUAUUACAAGACAAUUAAAAGGCUUGGAGGACACGAAGAGCCCUCAAUUUAACAGAUACUUUUACUUGUUAGAGAAUUUAGCUUGGGUUAAAUCUUACAACAUCUGCUUUGAGUUGGAAGAUUGCAAUGAAAUUUUUAUUCAGCUUUUUAGGACGCUUUUUUCAGUUAUCAAUAAUAGCCACAACCAGAAGGUACAAAUGCAUAUGCUGGAUUUGAUGAGUUCUAUCAUCAUGGAAGGCGAUGGAGUAACUCAGGAGCUGCUGGACUCCAUUUUGAUUAACCUCAUUCCUGCACACAAGAACCUUAAUAAACAAGCAUUUGAUCUUGCAAAAGUCCUGUUGAAAAGGACCGUCCAGACCAUUGAACCGUGUAUUGCCAACUUUUUUAACCAGGUUCUGGUACUGGGCAAGUCUUCAGUAAGUGACUUAUCAGAACAUGUGUUUGACUUGAUACAAGAGCUUUUUGCCAUAGAUCCUCACUUACUGCUGUCUGUCAUGCCACAGCUUGAGUUCAAGCUGAAGAGCAAUGAUGGAGAAGAACGUUUGGCUGUUGUUCGACUUCUGGCUAAACUCUUUGGUUCCAAAGAUUCUGAUCUGGCCACACAAAAUCGCCCUCUUUGGCAGUGCUUUCUGGGGCGGUUCAAUGAUAUCCAUGUCCCUGUGAGAUUAGAGAGUGUGAAAUUCGCCAGUCAUUGUUUAAUGAACCAUCCAGACUUAGCAAAAGACCUCACUGAAUAUUUGAAGGUUAGAUCACAUGACCCAGAAGAAGCCAUUCGACAUGAUGUUAUUGUUACAAUUAUUACUGCGGGCAAGAGAGAUCUUUCUUUAGUCAAUGACCAGCUGCUUGGCUUUGUAAGGGAAAGAACGCUAGACAAACGGUGGCGAGUAAGAAAAGAAGCUAUGAUGGGUCUUGCCCAGCUAUACAAGAAGUAUUGUCUUCAUGCCGAGGCUGGAAAAGAUGCUGCAGAGAAAGUGAGCUGGAUAAAGGAUAAACUUUUGCACAUAUAUUAUCAAAAUAGCAUUGAUGACAAAUUACUGGUCGAGAAAAUCUUUGCUCAAUAUCUCGUUCCACACAAUUUGGAAACAGAAGAGCGAAUGAAGUGCUUGUACUAUUUGUAUGCUAGCUUGGAUCCAAAUGCUGUCAAAGCACUGAAUGAGAUGUGGAAGUGCCAGAACAUGCUGAGGAGUCACGUACGAGAAUUACUAGACUUGCAUAAGCAGCCCACUUCAGAAGCAAACAGUGCUGCCAUGUUUGGAAAGCUGAUGACCAUAGCAAAAAACCUUCCAGAUCCUGGAAAAGCACAAGAUUUUGUGAAGAAAUUUAAUCAGGUUCUGGGUGAUGAUGAGAAACUUCGGUCCCAGCUUGAACUGUUAAUUAGUCCUACAUGUUCUUGUAAACAGGCAGAUGUCUGUGUGAGAGAGAUAGCCCGGAAACUUGCAAAUCCUAAGCAGCCAACAAAUCCUUUCCUGGAAAUGGUCAAAUUUCUUUUGGAAAGAAUUGCCCCUGUACAUAUUGACUCAGAAGCCAUUAGUGCACUAGUGAAACUAAUGAAUAAAUCCAUAGAAGGGACAGCUGAUGAUGAAGAGGAGGGUGUAAGUCCUGAUACUGCUAUUCGUGCAGGACUUGAACUUCUCAAGGUUCUGUCCUUUACACAUCCUACCUCGUUCCACUCUGCAGAGACCUAUGAGUCUCUGCUGCAGUGCCUCAGGAUGGAAGAUGAUAAGGUAGCUGAGGCAGCCAUACAGAUUUUCAGAAACACGGGUCACAAAAUAGAAACAGACCUGCCACAAAUAAGAUCAACACUAAUUCCGAUUUUGCAUCAGAAAGCAAAAAGAGGCACUCCUCAUCAGGCAAAACAAGCUGUUCACUGUAUACAUGCCAUAUUUUCAAAUAAAGAAGUGCAACUUGCACAGAUCUUUGAGCCUCUUAGUAGAAGUUUGAAUGCUGAUGUACCAGAACAACUUAUAACUCCAUUAGUCUCACUGGGUCAUAUUUCUAUGUUGGCUCCAGACCAGUUUGCAUCUCCAAUGAAGUCUGUUGUUGCAAAUUUCAUUGUGAAGGAUCUCCUGAUGAAUGAUAGGUCAACAGGUGAGAAAAAUGGAAAAUUGUGGUCUCCAGAUGAAGAAGUUUCUCCAGAAGUACUAGCAAAGGUGCAAGCCAUUAAGCUGUUGGUACGCUGGCUGUUGGGUAUGAAAAACAACCAGUCGAAAUCUGCAAAUUCCACACUCCGGUUAUUAUCAGCAAUGCUUGUCAGUGAAGGAGACUUGACAGAACAGAAGCGAAUCAGUAAAUCAGAUAUGUCUCGACUGCGAUUAGCUGCUGGUAGUGCAAUAAUGAAGCUUGCACAGGAACCCUGUUACCACGAAAUAAUUACCCCAGAACAGUUCCAGCUCUGUGCGCUUGUCAUUAACGAUGAGUGCUACCAAGUGAGGCAGAUAUUUGCCCAAAAACUGCAUAAGGCACUUGUGAAAUUACUGCUCCCUUUGGAAUAUAUGGCAAUCUUUGCUUUGUGUGCCAAAGACCCUGUGAAAGAGAGAAGAGCACAUGCCAGACAGUGCUUGCUCAAAAACAUCAGUAUACGAAGAGAAUAUAUUAAGCAGAAUCCUAUGGCUAAUGAAAAACUGCUAUCCUUGCUGCCUGAAUAUGUGGUACCAUAUAUGAUUCACUUACUGGCACAUGAUCCAGAUUUCACAAAACCUCAGGAUGUUGAUCAGCUUCGUGAUGUCAAAGAGUGCCUGUGGUUCAUGCUUGAAGUUUUAAUGACAAAGAAUGAGAACAAUAGCCAUGCCUUCAUGAAAAAGAUGGCAGAAAACAUUAAGCUUACCCGAGAUGCUCAGUCUCCUGAUGAGCCGAAGGCCAAUGAAAAACUUUAUACAGUAUGUGAUGUAGCACUUUGUGUAAUCAACAGCAAAAGUGCUUUGUGCAAUGCAGAUUCACCGAAGGACCCUGUAUUGCCAACCAAAUUUUUUACACAACCUGAGAAGGAUUUCUGCAAUGACAGGAAUUACAUUUCAGAAGAGACAAGGGUUCUUCUUUUGACAGGAAAG